CAUGCAUCCUUGCUAUAAAAAUGCACCACAAAGAUUUCCACCAUCUCCUCUCCCUUGCAUGUACCGACAAAAAACGGCCUGUCCGAGUCCAAUGGGACCCUGAACGAACACCAACCCUUGGCGUUCUUCCCUAUCGGAGCAUACAAAUUGGGAUUGGGAGACAGGUUAGCGAGAUGUGGGUAAAUGAGAUGAUUGUCGCAAAGGCACUGAAGGACGCCAUUGAGAAGGAGCCAGAUUUGGAAUUGGAUGAAUUGAUUAAGAAAGGGUUAAUGCCCGUGGAAAGGCCUUAUCAGGUGUCAGAGGACUUUGUAAUAUUCUAGAGACGGAUUCAGCAGAAAACAUAUUUGAUGAAUUU